AUGCUGAAGAAGGUACUUUUCCAACCUCUGUUUCCAGACCAGUAUCUAAAAGCUUUGCAGGUUGUGGACGCUAUCAAAGACCUCGUCCAAGACUGCAACUUCGACUGCAAUGACUCCGGGAUCGCCCUGCAAGCCAUGGACAACUCUCACGUUGCCCUCGUUUCCAUGAUGCUCAAAGCAGAAAUGUUCUCUCCCUACCGAUGCGACCGCAACAUUGCCCUUGGCAUCAACCUCAAUUCCCUUACCAAAGUCAUCCGCGCAGCACAGAACGAAGACAUUCUCACCAUCAAGGCUGAAGACUCUCCGGACGUCGUCAAUCUCGUCUUUGAGAGCAGCGACACGGAUCGUAUCAGUGAAUACGAUAUUAAGCUGAUGGAUAUUGACCAAGAGCAUCUGGGAAUCCCUGACACGGAGUACUCGGCCACAAUUGAGAUGCCCAGUGCUGAGUUUCAGCGCAUUUGCCGCGACUUGAUUGCAAUGUCAGAAUCAGUGUCUAUCGAGGCAAGCAAGGAUGGCGUUCGCUUUUCGUGUCAAGGCGACAUUGGAAGCGGCAGCGUCACCAUUCGACAGAAUUCAUCCGUGGACAAGCCGGACCAAGAAGUCAAGAUCGCUCUAAGUGAACCUGUCUCUCUGACAUUUUCGCUCAAAUACCUUGUCAAUUUCUGCAAAGCAAGUAGCCUCUCUACGAAGGUCAAACUCUGCCUCUCCCAGGAAGUGCCUCUUCUGGUGGAAUACAACUUGUCGGGAAGCAGCUAUUUGCGUUUCUAUCUAGCCCCCAAGAUUGGUGAUGAUGAGUGA